GAGACGAUCCCCAGCCUUGGGUCUGCAGAAGCAGUGCCCUGUCGCCAGGCCAAGGGGCAGAGUCAGCACGAGUCCCUCUCCCUACAGAUCGGCUGCAAUGCUGUCAGCUGGGCCCCUGCUGUCGUACCCGGAAGCCUCAUAGACCAGCCAACCGGGCAGAAGCCCAACUACAUCAAGAAGUUUGCGUCAGGCGGCUGUGACAACCUCAUCAAACUGUGGAAGGAGGAGGAGGACGGCCAGUGGAAGGAAGAGCAGAAGCUGGAAGCCCACAGUGACUGGGUUCGAGACGUGGCCUGGGCCCCCUCCAUCGGCCUGCCUACCAGCACCAUCGCCAGCUGCUCCCAGGAUGGUCGAGUGUUCAUUUGGACCUGUGACGAUGCCUCGGGCAAUACGUGGUCUCCCAAACUGCUGCACAAGUUCAACGACGUUGUAUGGCAUGUCAGCUGGUCCAUCACAGCCAACAUCCUGGCAGUCUCAGGUGGAGACAAUAAGGUGACGCUGUGGAAGGAGUCGGUCGACGGGCAGUGGGUGUGCAUCAGUGACGUCAACAAGGGCCAGGGAUCCGUGUCCACGUCUGUCACAGAGGGCCAGCAGAGCGAGCAGUGAGCACACGGGGCGCCUGCUUCUCCACCCGCUGCAGACUCUGGGCCGGCAGCCCAGGCGGCCCCGCGCCCGCGCCAUCAGGCUCCCACAGACACAGCAGGACUGUCAUCUGCCUUAACACGAUCUGAUAUGGUUUGUAACUUACCGUCCAGCUGAACACACACUUGUUCUGAGGGAAAAAACUAUGAAAAGAUCUGAAGGUUGUUAUUUUAAGAUAUUUUGGUCAUUUUUACGUACCUUUUACGUUCAGGCGUCACUUGUGGGGUUUGUUUCCAGAGUAAUUAAAUAAACACAUAUUGCUUAUAA